ACAUCUGACGCGCGCCGGCCGGGUGUUCGCUUGACAGUAGAGUCGGAUGGGAGCUUCCGCCUCGGCUGAGAGCGAGCUGUCACCGCGGGAGGAUGAACAACCAGAGAUGUAGCACUUUACUGCUGAAACUGAGAGGCCGGAGGGGGAUCAUACACUGCAUCUAUGUGGUGGGCUUCAUGGACUUGUUUGGGGUGAGCAUGAUCAUCCCGCUCUUGAGCCACCAUGUAAAGGCUCUUGGAGCGAGUCCCACAGUGGCUGGAAUCGUGGGAUCUACGUAUGGAAUAUUGCAGCUUUUCUCCAGCACAAUAGUAGGCAGCUGGAGCGACGUGGUGGGGCGGCGCUACUCUCUGCUGACUUCUAUCCUGCUGAGCGCCUUUGGUUACGGCCUCCUUGGGAUUUCCACAAGCAUCACUUUGUUUGUCCUCGCACGAAUACCUGUUGGGCUGUUCAAGCACUCCUUGUCCAUCUGCAGAGCCUUGCUGUCAGACCUGGUGUCGGAGUCUGAGCGCCCUCUUGUGAUGGGACACUUCAAUGCAGCCUCCAGCGUCGGCUUCAUCCUGGGUCCUGUCGUAGGCGGCUACCUCACUGAGCACGAAGGAGGCUUUUAUACCUCCUCAUUCACAUGUGCAGCCAUCUUUCUAAUCAAUGCUGGUUUGGUGUGGAUGCUGCCAUGGAGCGAGAAAAUAACUGAUCGAAGCGAAACUAACUGCAGCAACAGCGCCAGUAAAGGAUGUCCCGAUGACUACUGCAAGAAGUCUGCGCAGAACGGCGCUCAUGCGAACCACCGUCACCCGGUGUUGACGGCAGAGAAGGAAGCAGACUGCAGAGCUCCUGGGAAGCCUCGCCCAGGGUGGAGGGAGGUGUCUCUGCUCCAGCCUGCGUGGAGGCAGCUCACCUCAGUCAGCUCCAGGAUUCACAUGGUGGCGUCUUCCGACAUGUGGGACCUCUUUCUCGUGCGUCUUCUUAUGGCCGUGGCCAUCAUGCUCUACUACAGUAACUUCUCUCUGGCCAUGGAGGAGCGUUUCUCUCUGAAACCGAAGACGACGGGUUAUCUGAUCAGCUACAGCAGCACCUUAGGGGCCCUGGCCGGGUUCCUGGUGGGGCCCGUCACUAAGCUUUACAGGAACAACAUGGCCGCUCUGCUGCUUCACUCCACUGUGCUCACUUGUUCGCUCAUCUUCCUCUACGCCGCCGCUCCGAGCGUGUGGCAGGUGCUGCUCACCUCCACCUUCUUUGCCAUUUCUACCUCCGUCGGACGGACGUGUAUCACGGAUCUGGAGCUUCAGAGGGGAGGGGCCCACGCCAGCGGGACUCUGAUCGGAGCCGGUCAGUCGGUGACCGCUGUGGGUCGAGUCCUGGCGCCCCUCCUCUCUGGUCUGACCCAGGAGAUCAGCCCCUGCGGUCCUCCUAGUCUGGGGGUGGUGCUCGCGCUGGCAGCUGUAGGUCUGCUUCUCAUCAGAAUCCCAAAAUGGGACGGGAGAGGGCUGGCAAAAACUGUAAAACUUUGAAAACUCCCUGCAACUAAAUUAUGCAUUAUUUUUUUAUCAAUGCAAAUCUACCACUUGGAGAAGUGCUCUUAUUGGCAGGAGGCAGCUGUAACGAACAGCAGGCCCUCCACGAGAACAGUGUUUUUCGUGGUUUUUACCAUGUGUGCUUCUACCAAAUGAAUCUGCUGAUGUCAUGACACCACACAAGGACCGCAGGCCUUGCCCCUCAGGGACAGUAGAACCAAUAAUCAUUUGCGACUUGGAGGAAAAGGCUGCAAACUUUAUCUUGCUCCCAAAUGUGCUGAAGUUUGAUCAAACGGAGACAUGCAGUGAGGGCCUUCCCUUGGCUCAGUCUCCCUGUCAGUGGCAUCUCUGGCAUGAUGAGUGGGGCACAAAAAGCCAACACCUAUUAGCACCAGCUAAUUUUUCUGUGAUGCAUACAACCUGACUGAAACAGAUAAGUUAGCAUAAACCAACACACUAAAAAUACCAUUUUUAUAUUAGCUAAAUGCAAUUUAAUUUUAAUACAUGAAAUUACUCACUCAUAUUGUUCUUUUAUUGAACAGAAAAGAUUCACAUCAAUCCUUCAGUGAGCUAGCAAGGACAACCAACACUAGAUUGUCGUACACUAUCCUGC